CCUGCUCCAGUAGUCGUGUCAAUUUGGAAAAUUGGAAAGCCGUGGGGAGAUGAGGAGAUGGAGGGGGGCGAGUGGGCGACGAACGCGACUGCGCACGGACGCGUCCGGGCGGGGCGGGGGCGUCGUCAACGUCGCGUCACUGCUGCGAUCGCCUCCCCUCCAAUCCUCCACAACAAAAUCUCCUCCCGUAUUUCCGAUACAUCGACAGCGCAACCACCACCACCACCAUGCGCCGCGGCCGCCGCCGAUGACGCCGCCUCCCACCACCCCCCUCCUCCUCCUCCUCCUCACCCACCACCUCACCGCCGCCGCCGCCGCGCUCCUCGUCCUCCUCGACCCCCCCGCCCCCUCCGCCCGCAAGCGCAGGCGCCUCGACGUCGAGGAACUGGACCCCGUUCCGCCUCCCUCGCUGCAGCCGGAGCCGGAGCCGCUGCCGUUGCCGCCGACGAGCCCGGACCACUACCCGCUCGCGUUCCGGGUGUCGGCGCCCACCUUCAACUUCCUCGCGGGCCUCCUCGACCCGCUCCUCUCCCACCCUUCGCUCCCGUCCUCGACGCUCCUCGCGCUCGCGCUCGCGCGCCUCGCCACGGGGUUGCCCUACGCGACGCUCGCGGCGCUCUUCCGGGUGCCCGCAUCGGCGCCGCGCGCCGCCUCGCGCCGCCUCCGCCGCGUGCUCCUCGCGAACUUCCGAUUCUGGCUCGCGUUCCCCGCCGAGCCGAGCAGCGCCGCCGCGUCCUCCCCUCUCCCGUCCUGCCGCGGCGCGCUCGCCUGCGCGCGCUUCGACGGCCCGGACGGGCCCCUCGCCGCGCAGCUCGUGGCCGGCGCCUCCUCCCGCGUCCUCUCCCUCGCCGCCGGGUUCCGCGGCGACCGCACCGAUCUCGAGGUGCUCAAGCUCUCGUCCCUGUACCAGGAGCUGGAGCAGGGGAAGGUGCUCGACCACGGCCAGUACCUCGCCGGUGACGGCGACGGGUACCCUCUUCUCCCCUGGCUCAUGGUGCCGUUCCGGGGGCCAGCGGUGCCCGGCUCGCCGGAGGCGGAGUUCAACGCCGCGCACGACGCAACGUGCCGCAAGGCGAGGCGCACGGUCCGGAGCCUGAAGGGAUGGGGCGCCAUCGCUCGCCUCCGUGACGAGGAGAGCCCUCGCGCCGCCGUGGCGUGCAUCGGGACAUGCGCAAUGCUCCACAACGUGUUGCUCGCGAGAGAGGACCACUCGGCGUUGGCGCCGGAGGAGACCGACUUGCCGCCGGCGGUGCAGCGCCGGGCGGACGACGGCGACGCCGCCGGAGUGGAAGAUCUCGAGAUCCAUAGGCGCGCAUCGGCGUUUCGGGGCGCAUUGGCGGCGACGAUGAGACGCCGGUGACAUGGGUGAAUUGAACUGCCUAGCUCUCUGGUGAUGAACUGAUGAUUGUUUAGCAUUAGCAACGACAGAUCUAUGCAAUUGUUGAUUCUUUUGGAUCAAAUUGUUUGUAUAUUGCUAGCUGCUGAAUUCCUGAUUGUUCCAUUGAUCCCAUUGGGUUCUUUUAGUUUGUUGCCUGCUGAAUAAAAUGGAGAAAUAAUUUGAUGGAAA